AUGAAUGGAUCCAUCAUUUCCGAGUUCAUUUUGCUGGGAUUUUCCUGCUCUCGCACUUUCCAGCUCACCCUGUUGACCUGGGUCUUGGCCUGCUAUGCCACUGUCCUGUUGGGCAACUUCCUCAUUAUGGUGACCGUCCGCGCAGAACGCCACCUCCUCCGUUCCCCCAUGUAUUUCUUCCUGUCCAAUCUUUCUUUUAUUGAUAUGUCCUUGGGUUCGGUGGCUGGGCCUAAGAUGAUAGCCAAUCUGGUGAUCUGCGGCCAUGCCAUUUCCUAUGGGGGCUGCAUGGCCCAGCUCUUCUUCCUCCAUUUCUUCGGCGGUGCAGAGAUGCUCCUCCUCACCGUCAUGGCCUACGACCGCUACGUGGCCAUCUGCCACCCUUUGAGGUACAUGGCCAUCAUGGACCGGCAGCGCUGUUUCAAGCUCCUUAUGGUUUGCUGGGCAGGAGGCCUCCUUCAUUCCACAAUCCAAAUGGUGGUGGUUGCCCAGCUACCAUUCUGUGGGCCCAACAUGCUGGACAAUUUCUACUGUGACAUUCCACAGGUCAUCCGGUUGGCCUGUACAGAGACCUCCAUCAUUGAUUUACUCAUGGUGGCCAACAGCAGCCUCCUCUCCCUGCCCUGUUUCUUAAUCUUGCUGAUCUCCUAUGCUGUGAUCUUGGCCACCCUAAAAGGACGCUUCAGGAAAGGGGGUGGGAAGGCUCUCUCCACCUGCAGCUCCCACCUUAUUGUAGUCAGCCUCAUCUAUGUGCCGUGCAUCUUUGUGUAUCUCAAGCCUUUCUCCAGUUCCUGGGUGGACAAAAUAGCCUCCAUGUUCUACACAGUUGUCACACCUGCCCUCAACCCAAUUGUCUACACCUUGAGGAACCAAGAAGUGAUAGAUGCUAUGGGGAAGCUGAGGAACAGGUGUAUAUUGUUUCCUCUUCGAGUAAAGGGAUAA